AUGACGAAGGCGGAAGACACUCGGCCUCAACUCUCCGCGGCCUUCACUUCCCUCGGUCACGCGCCUUUCGUGCAGCCAUCCUCGUACCUUCGCCCUCCAAUGGCCUCCCAACCCGAGAGACCAAUCGAUGUGGAAGAGCGACAGGGCCUGCGUGCCAUUCGCAACUUCCUCAAGGUCCGCGCUAGUUACGACGUUCUCCCCUUGAGUUUUCGCCUCAUCAUCUUCGACACCGGGCUUUCCGUCAAGGAGAGCUUGAACAUUCUCAUCCAAAAUGGGCAACGAUCGGGAGGUACAGGCAUCGUUUCAGCCCCGUUAUGGGACUCCAAAGCAUCCAAGUUUGCCGGUCUUCUGACCACUUCCGACUACAUCAACGUCAUUCAAUACUAUUUCCAGAACCCGGCCGCGCUUGAUCAAAUUGACCAACUCCGACUGGAUAGUUUGCGCGAGGUGGAAAAGGCAUUGGGCGUCGCACCACCCGAAACUAUCUCGAUUGACCCUGAACGCCCCCUUUACGAAGCCUGUCGGCGCAUGCUCGAGUCUCGUGCCCGCCGUAUUCCGCUCGUUACGAAUGACAGUCAAACCGAUCGCUCCCACGUCCUCAGCGUCAUUACCCAGUAUCGUAUCCUCAAAUUCGUCGCCGUCAAUGUACCCGAUACGCAGAAAUUGCGUCGUCCACUGGGGGAGUUGCUGUUGGGCACAUACAAUAAUAUCGCCACGGCGUCGAUGGACACUCCUGUCAUUGAUGUGAUUCAUAUUCUGGUCGAACGCAGUAUUUCUAGUGUGCCGAUUUUGAAUUCAGAGGGUGUCGUGUACAAUGUGUUUGAAGCUGUCGAUGUCAUCGCACUCAUUCGGGGUGGUGUCUACGAUGAUCUGAGUCUCUCCGUUGGAGAGGUGCUGAAGAAACGGUCCCCGGAGUUCCCUGGGAUCUACACUUGCUCGUUGAAUGAUGGUCUGGAUACCAUCUUCGACACUAUCCGCAAAUCCCGGGUCCACCGUCUCGUGGUUGUCGAUGAGCACUUCAAGCUCAAGGGAGUGCUGACAUUGAGUGAUAUCCUCCACUACAUUCUCCUCGAGGGCGAGAAUGAUGAAGUAUGA